AUGAGUUGCCUAGCAUGGAACUGUCGUGGGCUUGGGAACCUACGUACAGGAAGAGAGCUCGUUGAUAUCAUACGGGCAAAAGAUCCCUCUGUCGUUUUUUUAGCCGAAACUCUGACAGACGAUGCAAGGCUAGAACUAGUACAACGAAACAUUGAUUUUGACCAUAGAUGGGUGGUACCAAGAGAAGGCAGAAGCAGGGGAUUGGCUUUAUUUUGGAAGUCAACAGUGAAUUUGAAGGUUGAAAGUUCACAUAGGUAUUUCAUUGAUGCAACCAUUGACAAGGGUACGGAGGGAGAAUGGAGACUGACUGGGUUUUAUGGUGAACCAGAGACUACUAGAAGAUGGGACGCAUGGGAUAAACUUCGACAACUAAAUUCACAUCCGGGAGUUCCAUGGCUGUGUCUGGGUGAUUUUAAUGAGAUCACAAAACAAGAGGAAAAAGUAGGUGGAGCCAUUAGGCCGCACAAUCAGAUGCAACUAUUCCGUGAUGUGAUUGAUGAAUGCAGUUUCAUGGAUCUAGGUUAUGUGGGGCUGAAUUUUACUUGGAGUAAGCACUUUGCUAAUGGUAAUUCAAUUUGGGAAAGGCUUGAUAGGGGUCUAGCUACAAAUGGGUGGUUCUUAAAAUUUCCAGGUUCGAAGGUCUAUCACUUACAGUGUGAUUCUUCGGAUCAUAGACCGCUACUUGUUUUCUUUGCUCCAUUAGAUCUGCCUCAACGAAAGAGACCCUUCAGAUUCGAAGAAAUGUGGUUAUCAAACUCAGGCUGUGGGGAAACAGUGCAAGCUGCUUGGAACAAUUCGAGUGGGGCUGAAGGGAAUAGGGAGAUCCUUACAAAAAUUGAAAAAUGUGGGAAAGAUUUGGAUUGGUGGAAUAGAAACGUUUUUGGGAAUGUCCAACAAGAGUUGGUUAAGAAGAAGAAGUUGUUGCUUCAGGCAGAAAAUGAGGCUAUGAUCAGUGGUAUAAAUACUCGGGUUAGGGAGUUAAACUCAUAA